GCAGGUUUAUGAGUUCCAGCGAUGAGACUGUUCCGGUUCCGGGUGCGUCCCGAUUUCUGCCAUAUUUAGUGCUGCAUCUGGCUUCACGGGUUCGUACUGUAGUUACGGUGCCCCGGGGAAUGCUCUUCUUUUUAAUACCUCUUACUUAGGCACGGUUUUUAAGGGUAAGGCUAGCGUUUCGUGACAGAAGUGUCCUACACCGGCAGAGAGAUGACGACAAGAUCAGAAAGGGAAAAGGCCCAGAAACUCAAUGAGCAGCACCAGGCCAUCCUGUCUAAAAUGCUGAGGGAAGAAGACAACAAAUACUGCGCCGACUGUGAGGCGAAAGGGCCGCGAUGGGCUUCCUGGAACCUGGGCGUGUUCAUAUGCAUCCGCUGUGCUGGGAUCCACCGGAACCUGGGCGUGCACAUAUCCCGCGUCAAAUCCGUCAACCUGGACCAGUGGACCGCAGAACAGAUCCAGAGCAUACAGGACAUGGGCAACACUCGAGCCCGGCAGAUGUACGAAGCCAGUCUUCCAGAAAACUUCAGACGACCUCAGACAGACCAAUCCGUGGAGUUCUUCAUCAGGGACAAGUACGAGAGGAAGAAGUACCACGACAAAAACGCCCCCAGCGUCACCAGCAAGUCCUCUGAUGCUGUGGCUCCAGUUUCCUCUCCCUCUUCGCAAGUGGCAGAGCGAAGCAAGCUGGAGAAGGAGAAAGAGAAGAAAGAGGAGAAGAGACGGGAGAAGGACACAGACAAAGGGAACAAACCUCCGUCCUAUGAGAAGCCUCAGAAGAGAGAGGAGCCCCAGCCAGAACCCAAAGCCAGCCCCAUGAAGAGCUCUGAGCCGGCCAUCGACCUGUUAGGCCUGGACACCCCUGCAGUCACCGCUUCCAACGGCGGCAACGGCUCCGCCUCCACCGCUCCUCUCAGCGACGACCUCGACAUCUUCGGCCCCAUGGUGUCCAACCCCCUGCCCUCGACCAACACACCCUUCUCUCAGGCCAGCUCCAGUAGUGCUGCAGGGGUCCCGGCGACAGCAGGAACAGGAAGUUCAGCCCCCGCCCAGGGAGAUCUGGACCUGUUCAGCGAGAGCAGCUCCAAAGCAGACGACUCGGCCAAGAAACCCCUCUCCAAGGACUCCAUCCUGUCCCUGUACAGCACCAGCGGCAUGGGCCAGCAACCCCCACCCGCCGCCAUGUUCAUGGGCCCGUCCCAGAUGCAGUUCCCUACACAGCCCCCCUCGGCCUACCAGGGCUUCCCCGGGAUGGGCGGGGCCAUGCCCCCCACCACCAUGAUGGGGGCGGUGCUGGGCCAGAGCCCGGCCAUGAUGGGGCAGAACGCGGGCAUGAUGGUCGGCAUGACGAUGCCCAACGGCUUCAUGGGUAACGCGCAGGCCGGGGUGAUGGGCCUGGCCCCCGGGGUGAUGGGGCCGCAGGCGGGGGGCAUGGUGCCCCCCCCGAACAUGUACGCCAUGCAGCCGGGACAGCAGGGCCAGUGGAGCAUCGGACAGAUGAACCAGCAGAUGUCCGGGAUGGGCCUGAAUGGAGCGGGCGGGGCCGUGGGUUUCGGCCAACCGGGGACCGCCGUGGGGGGGUGGGCGGCGCCCCCGUCAGGACAGACCCUCAGCACGCAGCUGUGGAAGUGAGCUCCGGAGGGGCGGGGGAGGGGCCACGAGCAGCGGGAGGGGCCUGCCGGGAUCCCCAGCCCCUCCCCCUACACCUUACCUCCCCCCUCCACACACACCGGCCCAAAUUUUACCCAACUGACUUCUCCUUUCCCAACAUUAUUACUCCACAGAGUCUGAGCUGCAGCCCCGGCCGGUGUGUAUUGAUUGAGUGGCCGGAGUGCGAGGCUAAACUGACUGGCAGUGUCGUCCAUCUUAUUUUAAACAACGACAAAAAAAAAAACGACAACGGCAAACAAUACUUUUUUUUUUCUUUUUUCCUUUUUUCUUUUCUUUCGUUUGUUUUUUUUUUUUUUUUUUUUUUUUAAAGCAUAUCAGCAACGAUGCUGCUGGACCAAUUAUAAAAGCGUCUAAUAUAUCAUCACCAAAUCCAUAGUGAAUAAUAGUAUUUAAAUGGGUGAGCUAUGGCGAUCAUGUCCAUGAUUUUCCACUUGUGUGUGUAUCCCUCCCAGACCCGGGCAGUAUGGGGUGAGAAAGUGUACUGAAUGUUUUUCCCUCGGUAGAGAUAUCCAAAAAGACCCCGUCCCCCCCUGGCUUUGUCCCUGUCGAACACCCUCCUCAGUUCAGGCCGUUUGUUGAUUGUACGCGUUCCAGAGAAGCACGGCUUCUCCGGCGGGGGGGGGGGGCGGGGGGGGAGCAGGAAGUCUGGGAGGACGGGCGUCGAGUAAACGUUUCUGGAGCCACGGUGCAGAUCCCAUCAGCAGACGGGGUCUUUCCGCCCACCAUUAAAGAACGGGACCCAAACCUCAUCUUCCAGGUUCAUUUCUGUAAUGUGUUUACAUUUUCUGGUGCCUAGUACAGAUGAAAAAAAAUGUCAUUUCUGUGCAUUAAACAGUGAAUAGCCAUGAAAAA